CACAUCAGUAACUUCAUCGGUACACCUACACCACAUGAAAUAUCGUAUCCUAUUCUCCGACUUGUAACAAAAUUGACCGAUAUUGGUCUUGAGACUUUUCGAAAUGUUUUUCACUUACAAGGAACUAAUUGACUUGGCCAUUGGCUCCCCGGAAUCGGGACACGUGAACUUUUAUGCUUUGCAAGUUUUGCUUACGUGCUUUGCCCAACGCCUGGCGGUCCUCGAUAAAGUGGUCGAAGUGCAGAGCGGUUUCCUCCCCGAAAAGGACUUGGAGUUCCGCUUGUUUGCCGGCGCAGAUGCUGAGGGAGAAGAGCCUAAGGAGCAGGCGGGUGAAGAACCCGCGGAGCCAGUCGAGAUACCUCCAGUCGAGGAGACACCAGUAAAGGAGGAGCCAGCUGAAGAGGUGCCAGUAAAGGAGGAGCCAGCUGAGGAGGCGCCCGUUGAAGAGGCGCCAGUGGAUGAGGCGCCAGUUAAGGAAGAACCAGCUGAGGAGGCGCCAGAUGAGAAAGCGCCUUCUGAGAAUCCGCCAGCUGAGGAGGCGCCCCCCGCCACAGCAGAGGUCAAGGCAGAAGAUGAAAACCAUCCGGAUAAAACUGACGACGAAGAUACUCAAACCCUGCCCACUCCGGCUGAUACGCAGGAAACUGAAGCAGACGGCGCCCGAGUUCCCCAAAUCACUUCGCCGGGCUCAGUGGUUUCUACUCGCUCAUCCCAUAGGAAAAUGGCGUCUACAAUUGAUGCCACUGUUAUCACGCGCCUGGAAAAACGAGUUUCUUUAAUUGAAAUGAACAGGGAGAAGACUUCCAUGGAUAUGGAACUGCUUAUGAACCAUCUCAAGGCCCAGCUGAAGCUGACCAUAGAGCAGGUGAACAAUGUGGCCCACAUACUGAUCGACCGGAGACGUGAUCCGAAAAGGAUAAAGAUAGUUCGGCUAUUUGCCAAACAACUGAAGGCGCUAACGGAAACGGGAGGCAGCCGGGAGGUCUCCGUCAGUUGGUCCAGUGAUGAACUCGAGGGCGGCCCAUAUGAGGAGGAGGGUUUGAUUGAGGAUGAUAUUCUAGAGGAGGAUUAUUCGAUGCUUUCGCAACCAACGCCACCACAACCAGAAGAUGAUCUCCUUGCGGAUAUGCCGCUUGGCAUGGAGCGAAUGCACAAUGACGUAGUGUAUCUGAAGUCACAGGUCUGUGCCCUCACCAACAAAGUCAAUGAACUGGCCGCCGCAAUGGUGAAGCAAGACUGCCAGAUAUUCUUAGGAAAAUUUGAGGAACUCCAGAGGGCGAUUCAGGAUCUACAUGUCUUUCAGACCAGCACCAAGGAGAUCACUUCCAAUACUUUGAAAAUCCUGAAUGGAGCUGUCAAGCAGAUUGAGAAUCUUCAAAGUUCCGCUCUGCUUUUGGAAGAGCGCAAGUGCGACAGACUGGAGAUGGAACUAUUGAUGGCCGAGAAGGUCAACUUUCAGCAACUGGCCACCAAAGUCUCUCUGCAGCACCUCGAGGAGCACAAAUUCACGCUGGAGCAGAUGUUCUGUGAAGUUCGUCACGUGGUCAGUGAGAACGAGCGGAAUAUCCUGCAGAUCAUCGACAAUCUACGAAUGACCCUGGGCAUCGAUGCCAUGGAAGUGGGUCUCAAGGACUUUCGUCAGAUGAUCGAAAAGCGGGUGGGAAUGAUCGCAGAUGCCCUGCAGAGGUACAUGGAGAUGACGAACGACGACUGUGCCGCUGCCGCUGGCAGAGUCAAGGUCCUGCAGGACUUGGCCUGCCUCUCCUGCGAUAGCACCUGCUUAAUGCGCACAGUGGAGCGUCAGAAGCUGCCAUCCUUUCCAACGGCAAAGGGUUCGGUUGGUCAGGCUCCCAUUGUAGCCUAUGAUAUUGGACAGAUUCGCGGCACUGGUGUUAUGGGUUACUAUCGCAAGGACGAGUUCCCAUGCUCACCCCACGCCUGGACCAAGGGAACUUCCCGAAUUCCACUGCCCAAGUGUAAUCCCAGGCAUGCCGGAGGAGUUCACACUAUCCACACAGCUGAAGAGCAUAUGCAGAAGGUAGUUCUCUCCAAAAGGAACUCUGGAUGGUCUUAAUACUGUUUGUUUAAAAUUAUUAUUUCAAAUUCUUUAAUUUAAUUUAAAGAGAUUUACAAAACUGAUUAAAAAUAAAACUGUUUCCUAUGCAAAGUA